ACCACUUCUCCAAAAAUUGCCGACUUUCUCUCGCUCCAAGUCCUACAAUACCAACAAGUAGCUACUCAAAUGCACAACUAGAACGCCAAGCUCGCUCUUUCUCACUUCUCCCUCUUGUUUACUUUCCACACGAAGAAGCAAGGAAGAUGAACAGCUACUCCAAGAUCCGCCAUGGCUCCAUAGAUCUAACAUCCGAACCAAACCCUUCCUUCUCCCCAAUCCGAUCAGUCCCUCAAAAACCAGACUUCUUCUUCUCCAAAUCCGAGAACCUAACCAGCCACGGCGCUGAAAAUCUCCCCAGAAGCCGCUCAUCCGCCUCUCAGAGAUUCGGCCGGGAAGAUCAGAGCCAUGUGUUCGGUCUUCAGGCCGCGGUAAGAAGGGCUUUCUCCAUGAGACGCACCUCCAUGAUCGACAACGGGUACUGGAGGAUUCACGAUGGCGGUGACGCAUUUUUGGCCGAGGAAGCAGACGAGGGCCAGAAGCAGCGGCAGGGGGGGAGGAAGGGGUUGAGGAGGAGAGGGUUUAUUGGCCUCUGUAAGAAAUUUGUGGGUUUUUGAGAAGCUGUUUAAGGGUUUUCUGUUCUGGAUCUUAACUAUAAAGGGAUUUGAUCCUUCUUUUUCUUCCUUUUUCUUAUUUGGCUACAGUGUUUUAAGUGUUUGUGCCGUCUUGUGAGCUUCAGUUAAUAAAGCCUUACUUUUUUUUGCCUC